CGACUCCUAAUCCCCACGUCUUCUUCGCGUGUUUCCCAUUCAACCUGCCAACCCACACCAUCGCCGCUCCAUCAAGAACACAAUGACAGAGGUGUCGUCAACCCGCCUCUACCUGGGCAACCUGCCCCGGCAUGCUACCAAGGCCGACGUCGAGGCGCAUUUCGCCACGCACGGCACUGGCGAGAUUACGGAGAUCAAGCUUAUGAACGGUUUUGGCUUUAUCGAAUACAAAGAUGCCAUGGAUGCCAGGGAUGUUGUUCCAGCCUUCCACGGAUCCGACUUCAUGGGAGAACGCCUUACCGUCCAGUUCGCACGCGGCUCCCGCCAUCGCGAACACGGGCAUGACCGUAACAGUGCCCCCCGGCCGCGCCGCACUCCCCAUCGCAUGCAAAUCACGGGACUUCCCAAUGAUACCAGCUGGCAGGACCUGAAAGACUUUGCUCGCCAGUCCGGCGCUGACGUUGUCUACUCCGAGACCAACCGCAAUGGUGGCACCGAAGGCUUUGUGGAGUUUGAGACCGCUGCCGACCUCAGGACCGCGGUCGAGAAGCUGGACGGCCGCGAGUUCAAGAACGUUCGCGUGACCUGCAUUGCCGCCACUCAGCCUGAUUACCCUAGGGGAGACAGAGGUCGAUCACGCUCUCCGCGCCGUUAUCUGCCUCCUCCUCCCGUGGAUGACUACGACCGCCGCGGCCCGCCGCGUGGCUAUAGCCCGCGCCGGGAUGGUUAUCGCGAGCCUACAUACCGCUAUCGUUCGCCUCCGCGUCGCGGACCGCCGAUUGACGACUACCCGCGCGGCCGCUACGACGAUCCCUACCGCGGCGGACCUCGUGACUACCCUCCGCCCGAUCCGUACAUGAACGGCCGGGGCUACCACGAUCGUCGAGGCCCCCCGCCGCCCGAUUUCCCGCCGCGCGACCCGUACGCGAGAGAUCCCUACCCGCCUCCCCGGGAUUACGAGCGGCGUUACUAGGAUUUUGAAAGGAUCAUCCUUCUUUUUUUCUCCUUUUUCUUUCCAUACCUCUCAUUCCCUUUCUUUCAGAAGUGGAGAGGAGCUGUGAUGCUGUUGGUUUCCUCUUUCGUAGUCUCUAUCGGUUUCACGAUGAUCG